AUGAUAAAAAUUCUCUUGCUUAUAUUAGCUUUCCACGACUGCUUAAUUUCUGCCUCUUCAUUGUCAUUCCAACUUGAAAAAAAACCCGAACCAACCCCUGCGGAAGCCGAUGCCUAUAAUGGGAUUGAAGGAGCCAUGGAGGCAGCAGUGGCCCGCUACAAUCGCUUUGUCAAACUCGAGGUCGAAAAACAAUUAAAAGUCGAGUAUUCACCGACCGUUGAGACAGCCAGGAGCAAUCACGAUCUGGGCGUGAUACAGUUUGGCCCCAACUCAGAGUAUUGGACCGAACGACAAGCAUUACACGAGAUUGCACAUACUUUGGGAGUGGGUUUCCGAGCAUUUAACGAGAGAUGCGAAAACAAAACCUGGUACAAUGCCACAAGCGUCCUUCGGCAAUUAUCGAAAGACCCACAGGCCGAAAUAACUUGUGGUGGACAGCAUUUUUGGCCGUACGGCAUGAACUACGAAAAAGAGUUUUCUGAAGAAAAUGCGGAUAUUCAUUGUCAAAUAAUCCAAGAGAUGAUAUAUGAUGGAAUGAAAUAA